AAAAAGGUUUCUUUCAACUCCUGGAUUAACCAAAGGGAAGACCUUUCCACCAGGUGGGUGGAACAGGGCCUGGAGCAGAGAGGCAGAGAUUUCCCUGUCCUGGUGUCUGGGGCCUUGCCUCUCAUUCUGACCUCCCCUGACCCAUUCUUGGGUGAGUGCUAGUGUUCUAGAAAGGGGAGAGAGGGCCAGGUUCUAGAAUGGUUUCCCUCAAGAUCAUGUCUGGUAUGUUCGAAGCGCAUCUCCUACAGCAACUGGGAGUAAAUCGCCCGGUCCUCAGUGGCUUCCUCUCCAGAUGGCUGCUGUUUUUCCUGGCUGCUUAAUCUUCUCCUCACGCUGAUGUCUCCUCCCAGAAGUGAUUUCUAGAAGCUCCCCAGGCCAUCAGUCAUUCUCCCCCCCACCCCGACCCUUCCCUUGUGCAGGCAUGAACCCGGUCCACACCACUGUGCUCCUGUGUGUGUGGGGGAGUCUCCAGGCCUUUGAAAUUGUGGAGAAGGAGAACAUUUUUCAGAGGACGCCCUGCCCGGCUUUCCUGAUGUUCGACAAUGCAGCUUACCUGGCCGACAUGAGCUUUGAGCUCCCCUGCCACUGCAAGCCCGAGGAGGUGGCUGCGGUCGUCUGGUACUAUCAGAAGCACCUGGGUAGCAGCCACAGCAAGGUGCUGACGGACUUCGAUGGACGGGUGCUGACCGAGGCGGCGCAGGUGCGCGUGGGCAGCGACAUGCUGGUCCGCUUCAGCAUCCGCAUGUUCAGCCUGCUGGUCUUCCGGGCCCAGCCCGAGGACUCGGGCUUGUAUUUCUGCGGCACCCGCAAGGGGGACUACUUUUACGCCUACGACGUGGACAUCCAGAGCGGUGAGGGCAUGGUGGCCACCUUCAAGGACCAGGGCCAAGAGCCCUUCGCAGACGAGUACCACGGGAGCCUCCACGUCUUCACCACCUUCUGGGAGUGGACCCCCUGCGACCGCUGCGGGGUGCGCGGGGAGCAGUGGCGCAUUGGCCUGUGCUACCUGCAGAGCCCGGACCUCUCCCCUCGCUACCGCCGGACGCUGCCUGACGUGGUGUCCUGUGGCUCCCGGGCCGUGCCGAGGCCGCUUCGGGCCAAGGUCGGCGACCACACCCCCGAGCUGCUGGUGCGGAGCUGCCUGGUGCCCUGCGAGACGACGAAGAUCCAGAAGGGCGUGAUGGCCAUCUUCAACUACGUGUCCAAAGUGGGCAGCCGGCCCUGGCUGCCCCAGGUCCCCAUUCAGUUCCACCAGCAGAGACUGGGCCACGGACUCAUCAUCUCCUGCCCCGGGGCCCGGCCGGAGCACGCCGUGGCCUGGGACAAGGACCGCCAGUACCUCUACCGCACGCAGUACCUGCGGGGCGUCAACCGGUCCAUGAGGGUGUUCAUCGACCACGGCAACCAUCUCCACAUCCGCUUCACUCGGCUGGAAGACCGGGGCAUCUACUAUUGCUGGCGGCAGGGGGAGCGCAUCGCUGGGUUCCGACUGGGCGUGACACAGCGAGGCCGCUACCCCGCCUCCUUCUCCGACCCCGAGACUCGCGCCGCCCUGCGGCUCACCCUGAUAGGCUACCUGCUCAUCACGGCCGUCUUCGUCACCGUUCACCUCUGUCGUUGCUGCUGUCACUUAUUUCGCUAUUGGCCCGACCUCUCCCCCUAGCUCUGGUUGUGCUCAGAUACGUUUUGUUAAAUGAUACCGGGUGCCUCUGGGUGGGCGUCCUGGGCUGGCACAUGUGGACAGAGUUGUUAGCUCUAACGGGCUCCCCACUUUCGCAAACCAGUCUGGGUCUGGAUCUGGGAAGUGGGGAAGCCUAAGGCAGGUGGGAGGCGGGGGACUGAGGCCCAGGAUGGAA